UUUCUAAAAACAGUACUGAGCAGCACAAUAACCCGUGCAUGAUCUUCCGUGUCGAAGUUCAGCGCGUAAAAUCACAACGCAUAAAGAACUUAGCGCUCACACUCCCACACGAAACAAUUAGCGCUUGGUAUCCCUGUAAGCGCCCUCCAUGCAUCACGACUCCUGCAGAUCACCGUUUAGUUCCCGCCCCCGCAGAUGUUGAAACUCUAUCCCGGUUACGCGCUGACAGUUUAAGAAUCAGGCGGUUAUGCGGCGGCAAACACUGUUGUCAGGCGCUAAGAUUAGUUCACGAGUUUGUGAAUCUGUUUUGGCAUCAUUGUACGUAGCUGCGCGUUUGUGGAAACGCGCAUCAAUAUAAUAUGUAGAGAAAACCUGCUAUCUGAAAGUGCAGUCAUGAUCGUCGACGAGCAAUCCGCCGAGACAAAUCUUUGCGCCAUAUUACUCGUACCAUGGAUGGGUGUUGGAUUUCGGCCUUUUGUUCAACAUCGAUCUAGGAUAUGGAGACAUUCUUUCCUCCCCUACACGAGGCUGGAGGGGGUUCUAGGAGACUUUUUUUUUUGGCUAUUUAGUCCAAAGCU